GAGAAACGUCACAACACUAGAAAAUUCAAAGCUGAGCAGAGUGAGAAAUUCAUUCAAAUUGCAAGCCAAGCUGAAAAAAACCCUUUUUUGCUGAAAAGAUUCAGUUAAAAAAUGAAUAUAGACUCGGUAUUAGAUCUCGAAGAAAUGCUCCCCGUUUCUUCAAUCACAAAAUCCGGAACAGUUUGUGAAGAGCGCAAGGUAGCAUUGGAACCGGGUCCAGAGCCGCAACCAGAACCGGCUCCAAUUGUGAUCGAUUCCGACUCGGAACCGGAGCUCACAGAUUCCUCCUCCACCUUCGUUGAGAAAGUGAACUUGGACGACGCCAACUUGCGCGACCUGGCCGUGCGUGAGAUUCCGAAAGACCUGCUAGAACUGGACACUCUGCACCGGUGCUUCGUGUGCAAGAGUCGCUUCCGGUCGGUUGACCCAAUGCGGCACCACCUGAAGUUGCACGCCCGGACCGUCUGCCUGCAGUGUGGCGAACGAUUCUACACAAUUCCGGAGCUGGAUUGGCAUAGACGCGCGAUCCACGGGGAAGAUUUUGAGUUCCUGAAGCGGAUGGGCUCGAUGUUUUUCUGCCGGAUUUGUGCCGUGGUCGGAUUUCUGUCGAUGGACGACGCUUGCGAGCAUUUGUACGCGUGUCACGAUGAGUUCCUCGUGGCGGCACUUCCGGAGCAUGAAGCCAAAGUGAUUGAGGGCGGUUCCAAGGUGGAGGAACCGCAAACGUAUCGGGUUUGUUCGGACGCGUUUUCGGAUCCGAAAUGCUGGCAGUAUUACUGUGACUCGUGUGACGUUUUCAUCACCGGAGUGAAAUUCAACGCCGAACACAACGAGCAUCACCGGAAUCCCCGGAAGACGACGGCGGUACCGAUUUUCGACUGUCUCCACUGCGUGGACAGUCCCCGGUUCAAGUUUCUGGACGAGUACAGCGAACACGUGAAGAAACACGCGCUUCAAAAGAUCCACGACACCCGGUUCUACUGCCUGCUCUGUCAGAAACGGUUCGAAACCGAAAGUGGCAUCAAACGGCACAUCUUCGAGAAGCACGUGCGCACGACCGCCCUCACCGUCGCCUGCCCGUACUGUCCGGAAGCGUUCACGCACCUCAAAUCGCUGGCCGAGCACAAGUGGCACGUGCACCGGGUUCGGGCCAGCUUCAAGUGCGAAUCGUGCGGCGAGCAAUUUUCGUCCAAUUUGGCACGGAUCAAGCACCGGAGGGAGGCGCACAGGGAAGAUCUCGAGUUCCGGGAGCGGUUCUGCCGGCACUGUAUGCAGAUGUUUGACACCGUGGAGGAGCGCGCGGCGCACGAUGCGGAAGUGCACAAAAAGAAGCUUUGAUCACGGAAUUGUAGUUUUAAGAAAUUAUUUGAGGAGUUACAUUGCGGCAGAAAAGAAUUGUUUAAACUAAAGAUAAGAAGUAAAAGUUUUGUGCUCAAAACAUUAAAUCCA